UUCAAGACGUGGGAGUUGGGACUUUGGGAGAUACAGACGUACAGUUCUUUUUCCCUACAGGCUGUGAAAGUGCAAAAUUUGCAGCUAUACUAUGUUCAUAUGGUGCCAAGACCUUCAUCUUCUAACCAAAUCCCUAAUUUUUUUCUUAGAAAAAGGAGAAAAUGGCCAUAUCUUUUUCCUUACAAAACCAAAUGGAAUGUAAUUUUCAAUCAACAACAAGCUCUAGAAACCCUAAAAAAAUCAUGUCUUUCUUCAUCAACCCCACUUCCAAUUCUUCAACAAACAACCCAAAACCCUCCAAAAACCCCUUGUCAUCUUCUCAAUUGUCUUAUCAAUAUUUUCACUUCAUACCAAUGUGACCCAACUCCGAAUGCUUAUAAUCUGGUCUUCAAAACCCUAAUUCAAAAAUCCCAAUUCCAAGAACUCAAAUUUGUGCUUUCUCACCUUCAGAACGUGGAGAAAUUCGAUACCCCAGAAAGGUUUUUUGUUGAUUUGAUUAGAGUUUAUGGAGAAAAUGGGAUGAUUAUUGAGGCCAUUGAUUUGUUCUUUAAGAUACCUUUAUACAGGUGUGUUCCUACUGUUCUUUCGCUUAAUUCCUUACUUUUAGUUCUUUGUAAAAAUAGAGAAUGUAUGAGAAUUGUACCUCAAUUGUUGUUGAAGAGUAGAUUUUUGAAUAUUCGAAUCGAGGAAUCGACUUUUAUAAUAUUAAUUAAUGCACUUUGUAGAAUUGGGAAGGUUGAUUUUGCUGUUCAAUUGUUGAAUUACAUGAUUAAUGAUGAAUUUAACCCUAAUGGAAAAUUAUAUUCUUUGGUUUUGUCAUCAUUGUGUAAACAAAAGAGUGUGACUUUGACUAAUAUUGAGGUAAUAGCUGUUUGGGAAAAUAUGAAAAAAUCUGGGUUUUUCCCUAGUAGAGAGGAUUAUUGUAAUGUGAUUAAGUUAUUGGGUAGACAAGGAAAGGGUAAAGAUACAUUUGAUGUUUUAUGUGAAAUGAAAAGGGGAGGAAUUAAGCCUGAUAUUAUGUGCUAUACAACAGUCUUGUAUGAUCUUGUUGAAGAAGAGGAGUAUUCUAGAGUAGAAGACUUGUUUGACGAAAUUCUCGUUUUUGGGUUAGUGCCCGAUGUGUGUACUUAUAAUGUGUACAUUAAAGGUUUAGGUAAGCAAAAGAAAUCCGAUGCUGCUUAUGUAAUGAUUGGUUGUAUGGAGGAGUUGGGUUGUGCACCUAAUUCGAUAACUUACAAUAAUGUCUUGGAAGCGUUUUGUAAGGUUGCGGAAUUGAGUAGAGCAAGGGAAUUGUGGAUUGAGAUGAAACGGAAAGGUAUGGAAGUGAAUCAUCGGUCAUAUAGCUUAAUGAUUGAUGCGCUUGUUACUGGAGGCGAAAUCAUAGAAGCUUGUGGUAUGUUGGAUGAAAUGCUAUCAAAGAGGUUUGUUCCUGUGUUUGCUACAUUUGAUAAGAUCAUAUGUAGUUUAUGCCAUGAGGGGAUGAUUUCAAUGGCUUUGCAUACACUUGACAUGGUUUCCGAUCAUGGUGUUUUGUUGGGUCGCACGUCAUGGGAGACACUUCUUCUCGGGUUGAAUCUUAAUCGUGAUCGUAUGGGGGUGACAUUAGCCUGUUUGGUAAAUUUGCCUGAACAAGAGUAGUUUUCUCAAUCAGAAAAUUGAUUGUGUAGAUUUUUGAACCUCAACAUAUGGCUAUCUUUUGAUAAUGAUUCUUGUGUAGAUGUUGGUUUUAUAAUGAAAUUGAGAAGUACUCCAAGUUUGGGAUUUGUUUGUUAGAGGCUGAUUGUAAUGUAAAAGUUCUGCACUAACAGGAUCCCAUGUAAUUCCUCAUUCUUUUUGUUUUUUUUUUUGGAUUUCAUGAAUCAGGAUAAGAGUAAUUCCGAACUGUGGUGAGAGGGGAGUGGAAAUUAUUUGUCUGAUUCUUAUUUAUCGCUAUCUUUAUCUUUUCAAUGCAUCGUUACUUUUUAUUGAAAUUGAAAUUUUACCCAAAACCUCGUAACGUUCAUCUAUCUCUAAAAGUCAUCAAAUUUUCACUCAAACAUCGAAUUCAUUAAAUUGAAUGUUUAGGAAUAACGGUAGAGACAAAGAUUUCUCACUCUUAUAUGUUUAAUUUAUUAUCAUUUAUUUUUUUGAUUAUAUAGAAAUAUGACCGGUGAUUACGAUAGAGACAAAGAUUUCUUAAGGGGUUUGUCCUAUGCUUUUUUCUAAGUUUAUGGCAAUAUCUAAUAAUUAUAAAUCGACAACCUUAUGCCUAGUUCUCAAUUUGAAUUGAGUCGCAUUAUCUAAGUCAUGCAACAGGACAAAUUUGCCACAAAACCCAAAUUAAAGUAAAUAUUAGAGAAGAAAGUGUCAUUUAAAAAAUACUGUCGAAGAAUUUUUUUAUAGGUCAAAACUGGCCAAAUUUGCCACAAAUCAACCCAAAUUAAAGCAAAUAUUAGAGAAGAAAUUGUUAUUUAUAAAAUAUUGUCAGAAUUUAAUUUAUAGGUCAAAACUGGACAAAAUUACAACUGUAGUUGUAUAUGGCCCAACAAAAGGGACUUCUAAAAAGAACCUAAUUGUGAAAGAACCAAAAGAAAAUGGACUUAGGUUGUGUUUCUAUCUUCUGAUAUGAGAGACAUUUACAAUGGCAACAACCUUUUGUAUCUUA